AUAUAGCCGUUACAAUUUGAUGGCUGCAAGAAUGUUUGCUAAAGUUAAACCACGUACCCCUCUGGGUAACAACCAAGCUCAAUUUAAGACCCAACUGGCCAACAACGUCUCGCAAUUGAAUCGCAGUUUCCCAACGGCCGCUGAGCUUUUGCGCAAAAAUAGCAGUCAAUUGCGGCAAACCAAACUAACUGUCAGUCGUAAGGAUAAUAAGCUUAUAUACGAUGGAUUCGUGGAGGAAGUGAAAAUUCGUCCCAAAAAGGAGAACGUUCAAUCACCGAUUACCCUGGAAAAAUCCAGUUGCGAAAUGUCAGCCAAAAAGGAAUCCCCAGGGUUGCCAAGCUCCCCGAUGUUGAAACCAGGACGAAACUUAAUUAGUUUAAUUGGACGCGUGGAUUUCUGCCUUAAAAUUCACAAAAUGUAUCCGGAAAUCAACGCUAUUUGGAAUGUUUACGGAAAAUUGCUAAGGAUAAUUGUGGGAAAACGUGGAGAGCACACCUUGCUCGUGCGAAACAAAGAAUCGGGGCCCGUCCUUCAGGGAAUUUACUACGAUUUCGAAGGCGUUAUGACAACGUGGAGCCCAGGCUGCUUUGUCCAUCUCGUGGGCCAAUUUAUUGGCGCAAAUCGCUUGAAAACUUUUAAGAUUGACCAGGUAAGCGAUAUUGACUGGCAACAGCAAUUUAUGCGCAUUGAAAAUGUGACCUCGUAUAUUUUAAUGCAAAACACUGUGCAAAAGUAA